AUGCACGUCUUCAGUCAAGGGUCAAAAGCUUACUCUGGCAAAGGCUCAUCUGUAAUAGGACCGAAAAACAUGCGGACUCACCUUAUCGCUAUCGUUGAUCAUGAAAAGCGUUCGCGCGGCUGGACUCCAUAUUUUCUUUUUUGGUUUGACCGGGCCGAACUGUUGAUUGAAAGUAUCUUAUCGACUUCUACGUCAAUGGCACAUGUGCAGGACUGCGACUCAUCUAGACCCGCCAUCACAUCUUAUACUGCAUCCCAGAUUGUCACCGAGGCUGCACCGGUCGUUGUAAAAGCGCUCAAUGUCGGACAGAUGAAACGUCUUCUUGCUUCUCUUCUCUUUACCGCAGUCGUUGAGGGUCAUGAGUUUUUUAUAGGCCGUAUUUACGCGUUUCUCAUUGAGCAUCCGACUAAGGGAGGGGUUGUGUACGGCCUCGGAUUACGCAAGGGUUGCGAGAGAUUGUCUCGUGCUGUGUAUGGACAUAUCGCGGGUUUACUGUCGGUGGAGAUCUGCGAAGCAUUAAAGCCGUCAUAUUGUGGAGAUGUUCCUUCCCCCCCUGCGCUAAUGGCAUUCUCGCUCAAGCUCAUCAUUCAUGAAAACGCAGGUGACAUGUCCAAAAUUCCCUCGGACCACCGAGCUCGUUGGUUCGAAUCUCAGAACUUUACCCCAACGCUACCGAAUCCUAAGUUGCGUACGUUUCCAUAUGCGGAAAUUCUCGGCGGACGAAAAGCGACUGAACUACCUGCCCUUCUUACAGGCACAUCCAGCUUUAAAUAA